UUCGUUUUUCCAUUGCUUUGGAUACCUUACUUGAAACACAGUCUAUGAGUGAUGGUGAGACUUUAGUCUCCUCAGGCCAAAGCUUUGAGCUAGGCUUCUUUUCUCCUGGCAAUUCCAAGAACAGAUACUUGGGGAUAUGGUACAAGCAAACCCCAGAGACGGUAAGUUGGGUUGCAAACAGAAACAACCCGAUAACUGGUUCACAUGGUUUUCUAACUGUUACCAAAGCUGGACUAGUUCUUUCCAACCAAACAAAGAGUGUUGUUUGGUCUUCAAAUACAACCAAAGUGGCAGAAAGUCCUAUCGCACAGCUCUUAGAUUCUGGAAACUUUGUUGUUAAAGACAAUGCCAUGGCGAGCUCUGAUUCUUCUGAAAGUUACCUAUGGCAAAGCUUUGACUAUCCAUCCAAUGCCUGGUUACCCGGCAUGAGGAUCAACGAUGACUUCAACAAAGGUUUGACGUCGUGGAAAAGCCUGGAUGAUCCGUCUCUAGGGGACUAUACUUGUAGAAUUGAAAAUCCUGAGUUACCUCAACUGGUUGUAGGUAUGGGAUCAGUCAGAAUGUUCCGAACUGGGUACUGGAAUGGACUUCGGUUCAGUGGACUCCUUCCAUUCUCUGAUCCAUAUUUUACCCUCAAGUUAGUAUUCAACAACGAUGAAUUGGAGUAUAUGUAUCAACCUGAAGCCCAUUCGGUUGAUAGGAUGAUAAGCCUUGAUAAUUCUGGUCUACUUCACUACUAUGUGUUCAAUAAUGUAACCAGAGAAUGGGCCAUAAUCUACACAGAACCAAAUGAUGUUUGUGACAGUUAUGGGCGCUGUGGAGCCAAUAGCAUCUGCACAGUUCAGAAAGAACCAAUUUGUGAGUGUUUCAGGGGGUUUACACCUACAAAACCAGCGGAAUGGGAACUGCUUAACUGGUCCAGUGGAUGCAGAAGGCGAAUGCCACUGAUCUGCCAGAACGGAUAUGGAUUUUUAAAAUUUUCAAGGGUUAAAUCGCCUGACUCGUUGGAGUUCUGGCUGAAUAAGACUAUGAGCACAAAAGACUGCGAGAAAGAGUGCUUGAAGAACUGUUCUUGCACAGCUUAUGCUAAUUCAAACAUUACUGGCAAAGGACAUGGCUGUUUGAUGUGGUUCGGGAAUCUAGUUGACAUUCAAGGUUUCACUGAAGAGAAUAGAGGCCAAGAUAUCUACAUACGGCUGCACGCUUCUGAAAUUGGUAAUGAUUCACAUGCGAGAAAGAGAUUGUCAGUGAUCAUAGUAGUAUCAGUCAUUGCUGGAAUCUUGAUUGUAUGCUUGGUACUCUGGUGCAUUAUACGGAAGAAGAGAAAAAACAAAAGAGGAAUGGAAUGCAAGAAGGAAGAUAUAGAGGUACCUUUUUUUGACCUGGAAACUCUCACUGCAGCUACUGAUGGCUUCUCUCCAGAAAAAUUGGUUGGAGCAGGUGGCUUUGGCUCUGUUUAUAAGAUUGCAGUGAAAAGGUUGUCAAAGAAUUCAAAACAAGGUCUAGAAGAAUUCAAGAAUGAAGUAGUUUUGAUUGCCAAACUUCAACACAGGAAUCUUGUCAGGCUUUUAGGCUACUGCAUUCAAGGGGAAGAAAGGAUACUGGUUUAUGAGUUUAUGCCAAACAAUAGCUUGGAUUAUUUUAUUUUUGAUCCAAAGAGAAGUGCAUUAUUGCCAUGUACAAAACGCUUUGACAUCAUCAUGGGCAUUGCACGGGGACUUCUCUACCUUCAUCAGGACUCUAGACUUCAAAUAAUUCACAGGGAUUUGAAGACUAGCAAUGUUUUGCUAGACCACAACUUAAAUGCCGUUAUUUCAGAUUUUGGCUUAGCAAGAACAUUUGGAGGAGAUGAAGUUCAAGUAAAAACAAACAGAGUUGCUGGGACAUAUGGCUAUAUGUCUCCAGAGUAUGCAGUUGAUGGAGAAUUUUCAGUCAAAUCUGAUGUUUUCUCCUUUGGAGUGCUUAUGUUAGAGAUAUUGAGUGGCAAGAAGAACAGGGGUUUUACUCAUCCAGAUCACCACCAUAACCUUCUAGGACAUGCAUGGUUGCUAUGGAAGACAGACAGGGCCUUAGAGCUAAUAGAUUCAUGUCUGGAGAAUUCAUGUGUUCCAUCUCAGGUGCUAAGAUGUAUUCAGUUGAGUUUACUAUGUGUUCAAAAGUUCCCAGAGGAUAGGCCUGAAAUGUCAUGUGUUGUAUCCAUGCUGGUAAAUGAGAAAGACAUAUUGCCUCAACCUAAACAACCUGGUUUCUUCAUAGAAAGGAGACCCAAUGAUGGGGAUGCAAAAUCAAAAACAGUAGAAUCUGCUUCAAACAAUGCAAUAACCUUAACUGUGCAGGAAGGAAGAUAGAGAUUUAGCAGUAACUUUUAGUUGAGGACAAUUUUCUGUUGCAAUAUGUAUUACUAUAUA